AUGGCACUCAAAGAGAUGUGCGACAGAGGUGUGAAAAGUGCCUCCUACAUCAUCAUCAAUACCUACAUCUUUAUGUCCAUCUUUCUGGCUGUGGUUUACAACAAUUACAGGAAGCACUUAAAGAAUGAAAUUCACAAAAGACUGGCUUACCUGAAGCACCACAAAAUGAUAGAGGCAUUCAAUAUUCUAAAAGUCAAGGUGGGUGCAGAGUUUGUGGUGAUGGAGGCCACGUGGAAACAGCUGCCAAAAGUGGUGGUGCCAGACAUCAGCAGCUCCCAUCUGGAGCUGCUUCUGAGGAUCUCCAACAAGGGACAGAAGGGGCAUGUGGACAAAAUGAAUUUUCUCCGAUUGGCUGACCUCCUCAACAUCCAGGCAUUCAUCAUCAACAUCAAGAAGCAUCCAUUGGAAACCUGGAUACCACGGGUAUACCAGUCUUCUGUCAGCCUCUUGGUCCAGAGGAUGGUUCAGCACAGGAUUUUUGUCUGGGUUUAUGAUAUCAUCAUUCUAAUCAAUGCCAUAUUCAUUGCCUUGCAUGAGAAAAUCCCCUUCAUUUCGCACAGAGAAUGGCUCUUUCUUUUCCUGUAUGUUAUUGAGAUUCUUCUGAAACUGUACACAUAUGAGCCCACAGCCUAUUUUGGAACCAGUGAGUAUUGGGAGUGGUUCGACAUGCUGAUCAUCGUUGCAGCCCUUGUGGCCACUGUGACCAAUGCCACUAUUCAGUCAGCAAGAAAAUACAACAGUCAACAAAUUCUGGAUAUUGUCCAGAUACUGAGAAAUCUGCGGCUCCUGAGGGUCAUCGUCAGCAUUCAGGAAUUCCGGAUGAUAGUGACAACUUUAAUUAAUAUUGGCCCUACCAUGCUCACGUUUGGCGGACUCAUCUUUGUGGUCUAGUAUGCAUUUUCUGUCAUUGGGAUGGAAAUAUUCCAUGGCAAAGUCCGAUUCUUUGACCUGAAUUUCACAGCUCCUGAUGCCCUGGUGUGUGGGAACCCAGCCUUAAAGAGGUCAGCUUUUGCACAAGACAGGUACUGCAAGAACAACUUCAGUGACCUCACCUCCUCCUUCGUUGUACUGAUGGAGCUCACAGUAGUGAACCAGUGGCAUGUUCUGGCAGACGUCUUUGUCCUGGUGACCCAUCAGGUGGCAAAGCUGUACUUCAUCCUGCUUCACAUCGUGGUUGUCAUCCUCAUUGUUAAUAUUUUCAUAGCAUUCAUCUUGGAAGCCUUCUUUGUGGCGUAUUUAUUAGAAAAAAGUGAAAUUGAAACUGCCAUUGAGAAGAAGAUUCAAGAGCUUGGAGUGGGGAUCCAAGAGGAAGAUGUGCAAGACCAGAAGCUCAAUGAUAACACAGAUGACAGGGACAGUGGCUUUGGUGGGAAGGAUGGAGACAGCAGAAGGGAAGCCAUGAAAGGGCUAUACUUCAGAAUUGCAUCAAAAAAGUACAGGACUGUGGAUGCCUUGCCACACCGGAUGUUUGAGUCUGAAAUAGCUCCCGACAAGGAAGGCCCUUCCUGGGAUGAGAUUCUGAACCUCUCACCUAGUGACAUAUAUCCCAAGAAUCCCAGUUUUGAAAACAGUAUGAUUGCAACUAAAGGGAGUUGA